UGCAUUUCCGCUUGAUUUUCUGAUGCUCACAGAAAGAUGAUGAGCCCAUUAAUAUUCUACUAGCAGUUUAGCUAAACUGCUGCUGCCAAAGGCUCAAAGAUUAUGUGACCAAUCAAAGCAAAUGAUGCUAACUCCACCACUUUUUCUUAUAUAUAGCAGAAGCAGUGUUCACGCACCACCGCUCCUCAAUCAUCCAUCUUACAAUUAUAAUGCACUCAAGGAUAACUACUUCUAACAUAACUCCAACUGCUUUUUGUUCCUUUGAUCAUCCUUGCUUCACUAUACCACAAGUUGCAUCUGCAUUUUACAUUGUCACUAUGGAAGAAAUCCAAGAGCCACAUUUCAGAUCAAUAGCUGUUGAAGAAGCUCAAGAACAACCUAUGUCUUCUAAUACUGCAAAUACAAUCCCUGAAUACACCAUCCCUCAACCCAAGAAUAAGACACGGUGGGCUUGGAUGUUCAUGUGUAUGCUAUUUGUCCUCCUUGGACAGUCCAGUGCCACUCUUCUUGGAAGAUUGUACUAUAAUGAAGGUGGAAACGCAGUAUUGCUGGCAGCACUUUUGGAAACCAUUGGAUUCCCAAUUCUCAUUCCCUUUGCCCUGUAUUUCUCCGCACAAGACCCCUCCAGGGAUGAUGCAGCAGUAAAUGAUCAGCCUUCUAAUCUGAUCAGAUCAGCAGUUUAUAUCUUUCUUGGCCUGUUUCAAGCAGCAACUGGCGUGUUGUAUUCAGUUGGACUUCAAAAUCUUCCCGUCUCGACUUUUUCCUUGAUUAGCACCACUCAGUUGGGAUUCAACGCACUAUUCUCUUUCUUCUUCAAUGCCCAAAAGCUUACACCUCUUAUACUCAAUUCUGUAGUUCUUCUGACUAUCUCCUCAACACUCCUUAUAUUUCACAGUGACUCUGAACAACCUGCUGGAAAGUCAAAUAGGGGACAUUUUGCAGUGGGAUUUUCAUGCUCUCUCGUUGCAUCGGCUUUGUAUUCGUUAAUGCUGUCAAUGACGCAGCUAGCCUUUCAAAAGGUACUAAAAAGGGAAACCUUUUCUACUGUGUUGAAUAUGAUAAUAUACCAGUCGCUGGCGGCAACUUGUGUUGUUAUAGUGCCACUCUUUAUCAGUGGAGAAUGGUCUGUUUUGAGGAAUGAGAUGGAGAAUUUUGAACUCGGAAAGGUCUCGUAUGUUAUAGUUUUGGCUAUGAUUGCAGUGGCUUGGCAAGUGUGUUCCAUUGGAGCAAUAGGCCUAAUCUUUGAGGUCUCUUCUUUGUUCACCAAUGUUAUCAGUACUGUUGGUUUGCCUAUUGUUCCUAUUCUGGCAGCCAUCUUUUUCCAUGAAAAGAUGGAUGGAAUCAAGGUGAUUUCCGUAGUGUUGGCUGUUUGGGGCUUUGCUUCUUAUGUUUAUCAGCAUUAUCUCAAUGACAGCAGCUAGAGUAGAAACGCAGGCAAAAAUCUCAAAGUUGUAGAAGAAUCAUCAAUAGCAACAAACUUCAUCAGUCAGGAAUCUCAAUACAAUUAAUCCUGUUUCCUCGUUUUUAAC